GAUUAUUUUGACAGCUAACCUCACAAUUCUAACAAAAAUAGCUACAGUUUACAAAUAAUCCAUUUCUUUCGUAUUUAUUCUUGUAAAUGAGUAAUACGAAUCAAACAAAAGAAACGAUGGAGGUGGAAUCCAUGGACACAUCAACUUCGGCCGCUGCAGAUCCUAAACAAUCCAUGGAUACCAGCGAAACUGGAAAAAAUGUUAUGGCUGUAGGAGCCACGGGAUCCGUAACUUGCUCUUUACAUCCUCUAGUUAUAAUGAACGUAUCGGAACAUUGGACAAGAACUAGGGCUCAAUCUGAUGGCCAAGCUCCAGCAGUAUUUGGAGCACUUAUUGGUAAACAAAAAGGCAGGAACAUCGAAAUUAUGAACUCUUUUGAGCUGGUAUUUAGCAUUAUUGGUGAAGAUGUCGUGAUUGAUCGAGACUACUACAACAUGAAAGAAGAACAGUUUAAGCAAGUAUUUAGUGACAUGGACUUCAUAGGCUGGUACACAACCGGUGAUGCACCGAAUAAUUCUGAUAUAAAAGUCCACAAGCAAAUAUGUGAAAUAAAUGAGUCUCCUAUAUUGCUUAAACUCAAUCCAUACGACAAAAAUAUAGAUCAUUUGCCUGUAUCUCUGUAUGAAUCUGUGAUAGAUUUAGUGAACGGCGAAGCCACAGUUUUAUUUGUUACGCUCACCUACACUUUGGCAACCGAAGAAGCUGAAAGAAUUGGUGUUGAUCAUGUAGCAAGGAUGUCCUCAACUGAUUCUGGUGAAAGUUCACUGGUUGCUGAGCAUUUAACCGCCCAGCAUAGUGCAAUAAAAAUGUUACAUUCUAGAGUACGUUUAGUGUUAGAGUACAUGAAAGCAGUACAGAAUGGGGACUUACCAAGAAAUAAUGAAAUACUCAGAGAAGCUUAUUCAUUGUGUCAUAGAUUGCCUGUGGUGCAAGGACCGAGAUUUAGACAAGACUUCUAUAAUCAAUGUAACGAUGUGGGACUGAUGACGUAUUUGGGAGCCCUAACAAAGAGUUGCAACGAUUUGAACCAGUUUGUUAAUAAAUUUAACGUGCUCUACGAAAGGCAAGGUUUAGGUAGAAGAAUGAGAGGUAUUUUCUUUUAGAUUGUAGUGUUUUUUUCCUGAAAUAAUUUAUGUAUUGAUAUAUUUUUCGUCCUGUAAUUACUGCUAUGAUUUCACAAAAAAAAUGUAUAAAAAAUAAACCAUUUUUAUUUGGAA